AUGACAACCAUUUCAGAAACAAUUAAUGAUUUAUCGUCUAAAUUUACUUCGAUGACUUCCCAAUCGACUGCGAUGACGACAGAGCUCUCAUCAUCAUCAACAUUAAGCAUUUCGUCGACAGCCACUUCAAUGACAACCUUUACAGAAACAAGUGAUAUACCGUCCUCGUCAAGUUCAUUGUCAGUGCAACCCUCGUUAUCAUCGACAUUCAGCAGUUCGUCGGCAGUAACAUCUAUGACAACCAUUUUCGGAACAAGUGAUGUAUCGUCCUCGUCAAGUUCAAUGUCGAUGCAACCGUCACCAUCAUCAACAUUAGACAUAUCGUCUACAGUGACAUCUAUGACAACCAUUUCUGGAACAAGUGAUUUAUCGUCCUUAUCAAGUUCAAUUUCGAUGCAUUCGUCGUCAACAUCGACAUUGAGCAGUUCGCCGACAGAUACCUCUAUGACGACUUAUUCGGAAACGACCGAUAUAUCGUCGGCCUCAAGUUUUAUGACUACACAAUCGUCUUCUUCGAUGACCUACAGCAUUUCGUCGAUAAUUACCACUAUAUCGACUUAUUCCAAAACAACCGAUAUUUCUUCCUCGACAACCUUUACAAAAACAAUUCAAUCUCGAUGCAACCGUCGUCAACAUCGACACUCAGCAGUUCGCCGACAGAUACCUCUAUGA